AUGAAGCAUUCGACGUCGGUGUCGGUGGCAGGCUUUGUGAUCACCGCGCUGAUCCUGGUUCGGCUGCUGCUGGGAGACAAUAGCGUCGUUCGAUGGGCCUGGCCUCCAUUAAUAGUGUUCAACUCGUACGUUCCAUCUUUCGAUCACGUGCCCAAUGUCCAGUACUAUGAUCUUCGAAACUACAAAGGAAACGCGGACGGCUGGCAGCGGGGCGACCACGUUCUGUUCACCGUGCCGCUGAGAGAUGCAGCAGAGCACCUGCCCAUGUUUUUCGACCAUAUGGCCCAGAUCUCAUACCCGCAUAAACUAAUCGACCUCUCGUUUCUCGUGAGUGACAGCUCGGACGAUACUAUGGGCGUCUUGCUCGCACACUUGCAAAAGGCGCAGUCGCAACCGGACCGCAGCAAACGCUUCGGCAACAUCGAGAUCUACGAAAAGGAUUUUGGCCAGAUCAUAGGCCAGUCUUUUUCAGACAGACACGGAUUCGCUGCACAAGGUCCAAGAAGAAAGCUUAUGGGUCGCGCCCGUAACUGGUUGGGCUCCGUUGCGCUCAAGCCAUACCACUCGUGGGUUUACUGGCGUGACGUGGAUGUCCAAACCAUCCCGCGCACGAUCUUGGAAGAUCUUAUGCAUCACGACAAGGACGUUAUCGUUCCCAACGUUUGGCGUCCAUUGCCAGACUGGCUCGGCAAUAUUCAACCCUAUGACUUGAAUUCUUGGCAAGAGUCCGAAGGUGGUCUGCAAUUGGCAGACUCGCUCGAUGACGAUGCCGUCAUCGUCGAGGGUUAUCCGGAAUACGCCACAUGGAGGACACAUCUAGCAUACAUGCGGGAUCCUUCGGGCAAUCCCGAAGACGAGAUGGAAUUGGACGGUAUAGGGGGGGUGUCUAUUUUGAGUAAAGCCAAAGUCUUCCGCGCGGGUUCGCAUUUCCCAGCAUUUUCGUUCGAAAAACACGCCGAAACGGAAGCUUUUGGUAAACUGUCUCGUAGACUCGGUUACAGUGUCAUAGGACUGCCGCAUUAUGUGAUCUGGCAUAUUUACGAGCCUUCCUCAGAUGACUUAAAGCAUAUGGCCUGGAUGGCCGAAGAAGAGAAACGUAAAGUCGAGGAAAGCAAGAUUCGCGAGUUCUACGAUCGUGUGUGGCAAGUUGCAUUCGACGAUGUGCGCGACGAUUGGGAUAUGGAAAGAUUACAAGUGAUGAAAAAUAUAGAUCCAAAUGUAUUAGAUCGUCACAUCACAGUAGACUGGGACGACAUCGACGAUGACUACGGCGAAGAUGAAGACAAUGAUGUUGCAAACGAUGGCCAAGAAGACGAGCAAAAGGCUGAAGGUCAAAGCGAAAACAAAGACGAAGAAGUGAAGGAUGUGGAUCCAAAAAACGAAGAUACCAAGAAGGAAGAAGACGCACUCGCCAAUGGAGACGAGGCUGGAUCUAAAAAGCCCAAGAAAGGUUCUGAGGACGUUGAACAGCUCGAGUUUGACCCGGAUAGUUGA